CUAGAGUGCAUCUGACCCACGCAAUUCACACCCUCUCUCUCUCUCUCUCUCUCUCUCUCUCUCUCACACUGAGUCAGAAAAAAUUAAAAAUUGCCAACUGUUAAACUCCCACCAGAUUGGUUUAUUUCAUGAUACUUCCUAUCUCUUCUAGCUGUCUUUCCACUUGUUCUCUGAAAAAAAAUCUCUUCUUCGAUCUGCGGAGGGUAUUAGUUUUGUUUUUUGGGCAGCGUAAAGGUAAUGUAGCUAACAACUCCGGGCAUUGUUAAUACUGAAAUGGGUGUUGGGUCCCUUCCUUUCAUUUUGGCGCCUUUGUAGUUCCUAUACAAGGCAUUGUCUAGUUUGUUCUGUGAAAGCCAAUGAGGCUUCUUUCGCGUUACUGAUUAGAUUUGAUUCUUUCGCUUUCUGGGUAUCUUCGGUUUUCCUUGAUUCUUGCAACAAAUUGAGAUUUGGGAGAAAAUCCAGAAAAGGGAUUGUUUCGAUUUCAAAGGGACAGUAUUGAUCUCGUUUGAAGCCAAAAUUUAUUGUUUCUGAGCUGUAAGUAGCUGUAGACAAGUGGGUUUUAAGAGCGAUUUUUGGUGUAUUGUUGAUUAUCAAAAUAAGUAAUUUGAUAUCGCGGUGAUUUCUGUUUUUGGAAUGCUGCAAUUGGAAUUUCAUGAAUGAGGAAAGCGCUUUAUUGUCUUAUGGUUAAGCAUCUCAAAUUCUGAUUUAUACCGGAGCUGUAGUUUGGAAUCAGAGGUUAAAAGGGUCUCUGAGGUGUCUGAAAUCUCUCAUUCUUGAUUGGGUCACCUGCGAAUUGCUUAGAUAUCUCAUAAUUUGUGAACUGCAAACUCCGGCUUCAACGUAUUUGUUGAGUGUAAGAUAUAAAUUUUACUGACGGUGGCCGAAUUGCUGAUAUUCUUUUAUUUGGAGCUAGAAAGCGUGUUGGAGGGACAGGAAGUAGGUGUAUUUAAUUGUGUUAGCUGAGGAGAGAGGGGCAGAUGGCUGCAAAGCUUUUACAUUCUUUAGCUGAUGACAAUCCAGAUUUGCAGAAGCAAAUAGGAUGCAUGACUGGGAUAUUUCAAAUCUUUGAUCGUCCUAACGUCAUCACUGGUAGGCGCAUUAGCCACAAGAGGCUUCCUCCAGGUAAUUCCCACUUCAACAAUAGCAGCCUGGAAAGAGAGUCUAAUUACAUAUACCAUCGACAGACAACAGCUGAAAUAAGUUUAAAUAAGAAUGUGCAUGAGAAACAAAGAAUUUCAACAGAAUCUUCGAGAGCCUCUUUCUCAUCCUCUUGUUCAUCUAACUUGUCCUCUCUGGACUGCAACAAAACAACUCAGCCAGAAACCUCAUCUGAUCGAGUAAGUUUGCCUGAAACUCCAUUGAGAGACCCAGUGAUGAAUCAGACAAGUACCUCUCCAUAUGUAGGGCGGCAGUCCCUUGAUCUUCGUGAUGUCAUCAAGGACUCCAUGUAUAGGGAAGCUAGAGGACUAUCAAUUAGAACUUCAACAAAUGAGGAACUAGUAAAUCAUGCCAGAAAGCAUAGAGAUUCCCCAAGGCCUUUACAGCUGUCCAAGUCUGUGGAUGGAUCUCAUGGAGUUGGGGUUAACAUAAAGAAAAGAACACCUGAUGAUCUGAAGGAGUCUCUUAAAGUUCUUGCUAAACUUCAAGAAACUCCUUGGUAUUACAAUGAAGCAAAUGAACCUCCAACAUCAACAUAUGAAGCGAAAGAUGGGCCAUGGCAUUCGAUUUCAAGGGAUGCUCCCAGGUUUUCUUAUGAUGGGAGAGAGAUAAAUCGUUUAUCCUUUGAAUCACGAGAAACCCUCAAAUCCACAUUAAAGCUUAAAGAGCUGCCCAGACUUUCACUGGACGGUAAGGAAAGUUCAUGGCAGAGUUCCAACUCUGAUUCAAAACUUAAUCGCCUAAAAAACUUCCCUAAUGGUGGCAACUUAGAGGACAAAGCCCUUAAUAUACCCCAAUCAUCGGGAACUCAGAAGCGGCCUCCUAGUGUUGUGGCAAAGUUAAUGGGUUUGGAAUCCUUGCCUGAUUCUGCGUUGGAUAGUGAUGGCCAUUUGGAUGUGAUCAAAUCCCACGCAGUUGAAGAUAGUGAUCCUUUCUCAAGGUCUUUAAAAACAAAGGAUCUAAACAGGGCUAACAGAGUUUCUAAAUCCCCCAGAAAAUCAUCAAAGGACCCAACAUCCCCACGCUGGAAGAAUCCUGAUUUCUACAUGAAACCCAUUUCAAGUUCAAGAUUUCCAAUUGAACCAGCUCCAUGGAAGCAACUGGAUGGAAAUAGAGUUUCACAGAAACAAGUUUUCAGGUCUGCAAAAGUUCCACCAAGGGCACCGAACUCCUUCAAUUCUGUCUGUGGUGAGAUUGAGAAGAGGUUGAAAGAUCCUGAAUUUAAACAAUCUGGGAAGAAUUUUAGAGCCCUUAAACAGAUACUGGAAGCAAUGCAGGCAAAGGGGUUAUUAGAGACCGGAAACGAAGAACAAGCUUCAGAGUUUGGAGUUCAUGGAGUCUCUGAACCAAAAUACACAAGUUCAAAUCAAAAUUCAAAAUCACACAGCCACCAAAUCCCACAGAGAAACCAUGUUAUUGCUUCUCCCAGUAGGGGUUCUAAUUCUUCGAGGACUUUUGGUUCCCCCAUUGUGAUCAUGAAACCGGCUAAGCUUGAUGAAAGAUCUGGUAUUCCUGCCUCCUCAGUAAUUCCAAUUGAUGAUAUUUCUGAUCUGCACAGAAUGCAGGGUUAUGGAUUUGCAGAUGCUAAAAAGGGUUCAAUUAAUAGCCAAACAGCUAAAGAUCAGUCUCUGAAAAGCAGUCGCAGGAACACUGCUGUUAGUUCCACUGAUAAGAAAGCUAGUGGCAGGACCAUUAGAUCAACACAAUUUUCAUCAAGGUCUCAACAUUCCUCUAAAGAAAACACCACAAGUUCCGUAAAGGGCUCUGGAUCUGUUAGCCCAAGACUGCAACAGAAGAAGCUUGAGUUGGAGAAGCGAUCUCGUCCACCUACCCCUCCAUCUGAGUCAAAUAAACCCAGAAGGCAAUCCAACCGACAACGAAAAGACUCAGGUUCCUCAGGUGUAAAAGUCAGACCACAAUCUUCUAACUCACAGCUAAGUGAUGACCAAUUUAGUGAGCUGAGUUAUGAAUCAAGAAGUCUGAGUUGCCAAGGAGAUGACAUGUCUGUGCAAUCGGACAGUAAUACCAUCUUGGACUCAAAGAUUAACAUUGAAGUCACGGGUACUGCACAAUCUAUUGAGGUCAAUGGCAGCCAGAGUCCAUCUAUGAAGGCUGUCAAUUACUCUGCUUCUUGCUCAAUGCAAAAAGAACCCACUCCUAGGUUGGAUGAAGAUGAAUCAUUGGCAGAACUUGCUACUGUUGCCCCAGAACAUCCCAGUCCUGUCUCUGUGCUUGAUGGCUCAGUAUAUAGAGAUGAUGCACCAUCUCCUGUAAAGCAGACGCCAAAUUCCCUCAAAGGUGGUGGUUCUCAAGAUUAUAAUGACAGCCACGUUGUAGAUCAAUGGAACCCUACAGAUAACCUCUUAUCUAAUGGCAUGGAGUCUGGUCUUACCUCAGAGAUCAAUCGCAAGAAGUUACAGAACAUUGAACACUUAGUUCAGAAACUUAGGCGGCUGAACUCAAAUCAUGAUGAAGGCAGAACAGAUUACAUAGCAUCACUCUGCGAGAAUUCAAAUCCUGACCACAGAUACAUAUCUGAAAUAUUGUUAGCUUCAGGUCUUCUACUCAUUGACCUUAGCUCUGAGCUAACAACAUUUCAGCUGCACCCAUCAGGCUACCCUAUUAACCCUGAGUUAUUCUUUGUUUUGGAGCAAACCAAGGCAAGCAGUUUGCUUUUAAAAGAAGAUAGAAGCCCAGGAAUGUCUGCCAAUUCAAAGACAGACUGGGAGAAAUUCCAACGUAAACUUAUAUUUGAUGCAGUUAAUGAGCUUCUUGUUACAAAGUUAUUUUUCACUGGCGUUUGUCCUGAGCCAUGGCUGAAGCCUGAAAAACUGGCAAGGAAGACCUUCAGUGCACAAAAGCUUCUUAAAGAAUUGUGCAUUGAGGUAGAACAGUUUCAAGCCAAGAAGUUGGUGUGCAGCUUGGAGGAUGAGGAGGAUGGAUUGAAAAGUAUCUUGUGGGAAGAUGUGAUGCAUCGGUCGGGGAGUUGGACUGGUUUCCUGCAGGGUGAAAUCUCAGGCAUAGUGCUAGAUGUUGAGAGACUGAUUUUUAAGGACUUAGUUGAUGAGAUUGUGAUUGGUGAGGCAGCUAGUAUGCGAGCCAAGCCAGGUAGGCGUAGGCAGCUGUUUUCAAAGUAAUCUCCUCUAAUUCUUCUUCACUUCCACUUAUCUUUGAUUUUUUUAUUUUUUUCCCCUUUCUCUUACCGUGAUUUAUAUCUGUUGUUCUUUGUCAAAGCAUAACAAUAUAUGGAUAAGGACUCAUUAAGUUCUCUGCUUGAAUGUAAAGGAAUUCAUCUCUUGGGAGUUUUGUAACAUACAUAUUCUUAAAGAUCAUAUAUGUUCUUUGCUUUAA